AUGUGUGGGCCUAUCCGGUGCAGUGCGGCCUUCUUUGUGAAACUCUGUCGGUACAUUUUAUUUAUAUAUAUUACACAAACAUUAACUCACUGGGGGCGGGUGAACAGACAGAUAUUAGCAUUUUCUUUUUUUUUCUAUACUGUAUUUCACUCAAAUCAAAACUUGGUGUAUAGGUUCUGGGGGUCGUCCUCUCUGAUUAUUUCAAUGAAGAAAAUGGUGUUUUUCCCAUUGAUUUUUACAAUUUUGGUUUUUUGGAGUGAUUCUGUGGUGAAAGCAGAGGAUGCUUACAAGUAUUUUACAUGGACAGUCACUUAUGGAACAAUUUCUCCGUUAGGUGUUCGUCAACAGGUGAUCCUCAUCAAUGGUCAAUUCCCUGGUCCUAAACUUGAUCUUGUGACUAACGACAAUAUAAUCCUCAAUCUCAUCAAUAAGCUGGACCAGCCUUUCCUCUUAACAUGGAAUGGGAUCAAACAGAGGAAGAAUUCUUGGCAAGAUGGUGUUUUAGGAACUAACUGCCCGAUUCCUCCGAAUUCAAACUACACAUACAAGUUUCAAACUAAAGAUCAAAUUGGAAGCUACACUUACUUUCCAUCAACUCUGAUGCACAAAGCAGCUGGUGGAUUUGGAGCUCUCAAUGUUUAUGCAAGAUCAGUCAUUCCAGUUCCAUAUGCCAAACCUGCCGGAGAUUUCAGUUUACUCAUUGGUGAUUGGUACAAGACGAGUCACAAGGGCUUGCAGCUAACACUUGAUUCUGGGAAGUCUUUGCCCUUCCCCGAUGGCAUCCUUAUAAAUGGGCAGGGUCGGUCUUCCUUCAGUUGUGACCAAGGUAAAACCUACAUGUUCAGGAUUUCAAAUGUUGGGUUAUCCACUUCCUUUAACUUCAGAAUUCAGGGGCAUAAAACGAAGUUAGUCGAGGUUGAAGGAUCAAAUGUACUUCAGAACAUAUAUGAUUCACUUGAUGUGCAUGUCGGUCAAUCUGUAUCUGUUCUAGUCACCUUGGAUCAGCCUCCAAAAGACUAUUACAUUGUUGCAUCUACAAGGUUCACAACAACAGUUCUUACUACCGCAGCCGUGUUGCACUAUACAAACUCUCAGGCUCCUGUUUCUGGACCACUGCCGGCUGGCCCGACUGAUGACAUACUAUGGUCCAUUGACCAAGCCAGAAGCUACAGGUGGAAUCUGACAUCUAAUGCUGCAAGGCCGAACCCUCAGGGUUCUUUCCAUUACGGAAGUAUUACACCAUCACGGAUAAUUAGGCUUGCCAACUCGGCUCCUAUUAUCAACGGGAAACAGAGAUAUGCAGUAAACGAUGUCUCUUACACCAAUGCAGACACCCCUCUAAAGCUUGCUGAUUAUUUCAACAUCUCCGGCAUUUUUAGCUUGAAUUCCAUCCAAACUGUUCCCUCUGCUGGUUCGCCUCACCUAGCUACGUCCGUGAUGCCAUCUUCUCAUCAUGAAUUCAUUGAAGUUGUUUUUCAAAAUAAUGAGAACACAAUGCAGUCUUGGCAUCUUGAUGGUUACGAUUUCUGGGUUGUAGGGUUUGGAUCGGGACAAUGGACACAAGACAGCAGAAAGGGAUACAAUCUUGUCGAUGCUCUGACCAGACACACAACACAGGUGUAUCCCAAUUCUUGGACAGCUAUAUUGGUGUCCUUGGAUAACCAAGGAAUGUGGAAUGUGAGAUCUGCAAUGUGGGAAAGGCAAUACCUUGGACAACAAUUUUAUCUGAGGGUGUACAAUCCAGUUCCCAAUUUUGCCAAUGAAUAUGACAUUCCUUCUAAUGCUAUACUUUGUGGUAAAGCCAUUGGGAAACGUCCUUAG